GAACAUCUAGCUUUCUCUGAUUACUCUUAGCAAAGAAAAAGUCAUGGCUGUCCAGCUGAAAAGCCUUGCCCUGCUGUUCCUCUUUGUGGGUGCGCUCAGCCUUCAUGCAGUCCGUUCUUCGGGGCAAGAUGUGAUCGUAACAUUUAUAAUGGUUCAACGUGCCGAAGCCGGGCAACUGUUUAAGAUCGUUGGCAACAGUGACGAGCUGGGGAAUUGGGAGCCUUCUAGAGUGGAGAACAUGACAGAGACUCCUGGCGAUGCCUGGGCCAUCUCUGUGAAAUUGACGAAGGGAGUAGCAUAUGAGUACAGGCCAGUCGUGGUCGGCACUGAUAGUGAUAACACCUUGUGUUCGGCUGACAAGCGCUCCUUCACUAUUCCGGAAAAUUAUGCCAAGUCUGAUUAUGUGGAAACAGUAUUUUGGAACGUUUCGUGCGGUUACGAUUGCAAUAACAUCAGUGCUUGCUCCGAACCAGGGCCGGUAGAAGAUGUGAUCGUAACGUUUGUGUUGAUUCAAAAGGUCAUGUCUGGGCGACAAUUUAAGAUCGUUGGAAACACUUCUGAGAUGGGCAAUGGGGACGUUUCUAAUGUAGAGAACAUGACACAGACUCCUGUAGAUGUCUGGGCCAGCGCUGUGACAUUGAAGAAGGGUGUACAAUACCAGUACAAGCCAUACGUGGUGGACUCUGUGACUGGGGCCACAGAGUGCUUCCGCGGGUACCGCCCCUUAACCGUUCCAGAGCAUUAUUCCAAGUCUAAUUAUGUGGAAACAGUGUUUUAUAAGCCGGAGUGCGGUUACGCGUGUCAUAACACCCCUGCUUGCUCCCUCCCUGCUGACCCUAUUCGCCAGGUUGUGUGAUAAUAUAAAUCUAAUCACGCAGUGCACCAACUUAUAAUCUUUCUAGACGUAUGUUAAUACAGUAAGCAUUGUACUUCGCAUCUAUAUUAUGUUCAUACAAUAAGCGUUGCACUGCGUAUCUAUGUACUAUCUCUCAUAUGAGCGGAAAUAUAUAUAACUGGCAGUGUUGUUAGCCUUGCUAUGUCUUUCUUUCAAUGAUUAGAGUUGUUAAUUAAUUA